AUGGUGACAGGUAGAGGAAGAAAGCAGAUUUUCGGGACUGUCAAAGAUCGAACCGGAAAACGAAUUAGUGGGUGGAAGGAAAAGCUCCCAUCUAGAGCUGAUGAAGAGGUCCUGAUUAAAGCUGUGUUACAGGCUAUGCCCACCUACUCGAUGAGCUGCUUUCGGAUGCCUAAGGGGAUGUGUAAGGAACUUCAUGGCUUAAUGGCUAAAUUUUGGUGGUCUAAAAAAGCUGGUUUGGGGUAUCGACCCUCACGUAUUUGGAGUUCGUUGAUAUGGGGGAAGGAUUUGUUGAAGGCGGGUUUGCGGUGGAGAGUUGGAAAUGGUGAAGAUAUAUAUGUUUACCAGGAUCGGUGGGUGCCUUUACCAAUGAAUUUCAAGAUUAUCUCAACGCCACAAUUUGAUGUUUCUAUGAAAGUAUGUGAGUUGUUUAAUGCAGCUGGACAAUGGGAUGAAGAACUAUUAAACGCUAAUUUUUGGGAACAGGAAGUGAAGGCUAUCCUCCAAAUUCCACUGGCUUCAAAUCAUAGAGAGGAUAAAUUAAUUUGGCAUUAUGAUCAAAGCGGCAAAUACUCAGUCAGGAGUAGUUAUAUGGUUGCAUGCAUGAAGAAGCAAAGGGAAAAUGGCAUGGAAGGGUCCUCGACACAAGAUGGUACAUUUUUAUGGAAAAAACUGUGGAGUUUGCAGGUGCCUAAUAAAAUCAAAUUCUUUCUAUGGAGAUGUAUAUUGGGGUUUUUGCCUAGCAGACAAAAUUUGUACCAUAAGAAGAUCUUGAAUUCUCCAAUAUGUCCACGUUGUGGGAAGAAAGUGGAGUCAGUUAUUCAUGCAAUAUGGGCUUGUAGUGAAGUGAAAGCAAUAUGGUCUUUAUCACCUUGGAGUGCCAAUCGCCAUGAGUGGAGAAUUACAUUUUUCAAGGAACUUUGGCAAGUUGUGAUUGUGGUCUCAAGUAAACAGGAGGUGGAUCUUUUUGCUUUUCUAUGCUGGGAUAUUUGGAAUGACAGAAACAAUCUGUUGUUUCAAGGACGAAGUCUUGAGAAUGUAUCAGUGUUUAACAAAGCUUUGGCUUAUCAGACGGAGUUUUACUCUGUAACUCUUGCCCCUAUAUGCUCCCAUAAUAGGCAAGGGCCUAGUCAGAGUUCUGUUAAUUGGCAUGCCUCAUUGGAUGGUCAGUACAAAAUUAAUGUUGAUGGGGCAGCCAAACUUGCUGGGUUAGUACGGGGAGUUGGAGUCGUGAUUCGCAAUGGAAAUAAAGAGUUUAUAGCUGCUUGUUCUCGACAAGUGAUAGGAAAUUUUAGUGCACAAGCUAUGGAACUAACUGCUGCAAAGGAAGGCCUUCAGUUCGCAUAUGAUCUUGGCUUUCGUGACAUAGUGUUAGAAAUGGAUGCGCAGGGGUGGUAG